GUUAUACCGUCACUGGGAAUUCACUGGCAAUUUUGUGAAGCUACAGUAGGAAUAAAUUAAUGCUACUAUGAUGUUUCACAUGGCUGUUUUAUCUUAUUUAUUUCUUCUGACUACAAUGACAGAAUCUACAGUUACUCAGGCCUAUCCUGGCACUGAAGCUUGCCCUCUGGGUCAUUUUCCCUGUGGAAACCUCUCAGUGUGCCUGCCUCAGCUGAGACAAUGCAAUGGAGUACAGGACUGUGCUAAUGGAGCCGAUGAGGACAACUGUGUUGAUAACAGCGGAUGGCCUCAUCUUUUUGAUGCUCUUUCAAAGAACAAAUUUGAGGAAGCAAAAGAGUGCUUGUUGGAUGUAUAUCCUGAAGAAUGCCAGUGUGAGGGCAGAAAAGUGGAUUGCAACAACAGAGACCUUAACAGCGUGCCUGCAGUCUCUUCUAAUAUUACUGCACUAGAGCUGAACAACAAUCAAAUAACAUCUUUAUCAGCUGAUUUGUUUAUCAGAUACAGAAAUCUGGAGAAACUACACUUGCAAAAUAACAGCAUCAGCAACAUAUCCAACAGAGCUUUUUCUGGACUUCGGAAUUUAAAAAAGCUAUUCCUCAGUCAAAACAGAAUUACUGUGCUGAAGACUGGAGUUUUCAGGGACCUUGAAAGUCUUGAAUGGCUAAUUCUAGAAGAGAACAAAAUAGCUAUCAUAAGACAGAAGUCAUUCACAGGACUCAAAUCACUAUAUUUCUUAUCUUUGCUUAACAAUUCUCUUGAACAUAUCCCAAGGAAAUCGUUCUGCUUAGAAAUGCCGAUGUUGAACUGGCUAGAACUAGAAGGCAACAUGAUUUCAUCAUUACACAGUUCUGGCUUUCGAGAAUGUACUUCUCUGACAGUGCUAGCGCUACGCAGGAACCAGAUACAAAUGAUUGAAGAAGGAACAUUUUCCACAAUGCACAAGCUAAUAGAUCUAGACUUGUCUGUAAAUAGGAUACAAGACUUGACUCCAUCCUUGUUCAGAAACCUUCACAACCUGAAGCAGCUGAACAUUUCUCACAACCCUUUGACUCACAUCUAUGAAGAACAGUUUGACAACUUUGUCAAUUUGCAAUCACUGGGUAUGGAAGGAAUUGAAAUUCCAAACAUCAGUAAUCGGAUGUUUCGUUCUCUUGGAAAUCUUUCACACAUAUAUUUUAAGAAGUUUGAGUACUGUGGAUACUCUCCCAACGUUCGCAGUUGUAAGCCGAACACAGAUGGCAUCUCAUCGUUUGAGAACCUGUUGGCUAAUAUAAUCCUUCGGGUGUUUGUGUGGGUUGUGGCCUGCAUAAUCUGUUUUGGAAACGUAUUUGUGAUAUGCCUACGGUCCUGCAUUGCUUCAGAGAACAGACAUCACACUAUGUCCAUCAAAUCUCUAUGCUGUGCAGACUGUUUGAUGGGAGUCUAUCUCUUCUUCAUUGGAGCCUACGAUAUUAGAUAUUGUGGUGAAUAUAACAGACAUGCUCAGCACUGGAUGGAAAGCUUGCAGUGUCAGCUGAUUGGUUCUUUGGCCAUGCUUUCAACAGAAGUAUCUGUGAUGCUUCUGACCUACAUGACCUUAGAGAAAUACCUGUGCAUUGUCUUCCCUUUUCACAAUUACCGAGCAGGGAAGAAACAGACUCUUUCAACCCUCAUUGCGAUUUGGAUUCUGGGCUUUAUCAUUGCUGUAAUCCCUUUCUGGGACAAGAACACUUUUGGAAAUUACUAUGGAAGGAAUGGAGUCUGUUUCCCUCUGCAUUCUGAUCUCACAGAAAAACCAGGAGCCAGGAGCUACUCGACUGGAAUAUUUCUUGGCCUGAAUCUUUUUGCUUUCAUCACCAUUGUCUUCUCAUACACCAGCAUGUUUUAUUCAGUGCGGAAAACUGGUGCCAAAACAGCAAGGCAAAGUGUCUUUAACCGGGAGGUGGCCAUUGCCAAGCGAUUCUUCUUCAUUGUGUUCACUGAUGCUUUAUGCUGGAUACCAAUUUUUCUGCUCAAAAUCCUCUCACUGUUACAAGUGGAAAUUACAGGUACAAUAAUCCUGUGGGUUGUGAUUUUCAUCUUGCCCAUCAACAGUGCCCUAAACCCCAUCCUCUACACCAUCACGACUGCUUCAUUCCAAGAACAACUGAAGCAUUGCCUUGAGAUGAAGUGGCAGAAGCUGGGAGUCAAAGAGACCCGUCACAGCAUUUCCAUGAUCACCACUCACACGAAUGCCCCAUAGGUACAGCAAAUGACUGGGAUGACAAGUGCCGGAUUGCAGGAUGUGCUAUCAUAUUUUUACACGAAUGCUGAUUCAAACCAGAGUGAGAAUCCAUGUUAAAAAAUCAGUUCCCAAAUCAACCAAAGAAAUUGAAUAAACCCAAGGUGUGUCAAACUGAACAGAAACAUACAGUAGUGACAUUGAUUUCACCUGCCUGCCUCUCCCUACAUUUUCUUUCCUUUAGCUUGGCAGCAGCAGAUGGUCUUUAUUCAGCUAUAGUCAGAAAAGUAUGACAAACUAAUUAUCAAAAUGUAAUUGGGCAUACUGUACCAUGACCUGUCUUACCCAUCCUGCUCAUAUAAACAAAUGCCCAAAAAACUAGUCUUUGAAUCUUUGGAACAGUAAGGAAGGAUUUUAUUCCUUUGCUUCCUGUGCAAGAGGCUUAGAUGUGAGCUUUGCUGUCCAUGUUAAUAAAUAUUAAGUCCCAGUAAGUCCUUCGCAGGCUUGGGGAGGACUGAAGAAAAUUGAUUCUCAAGAAUUCCAGUCAGUAUUUAUGAGACUCCUCAGAUGCCAACAGUGGAGGACUACAUCAGUGUGUAGAAUCACCUGAGGUAACUCUAUCACUUAAAUUUACAGUAGAAAAUAAUGGUUUGGUAUGGUUUGGCCAGUUAGAAGAUCCAUUGUAAGCCUCUAAAGAGAAUACAACAUUGUGUAACGUUUGUCCUUUCCAAUGUCAUAAUAUAUACAGUAUAACUACAGGUGUAAAUUGCAUUUCAAUUAUUGUCAACUGCAAGCCACAACAGUUUUUACUAAAAGUCUAUGCACUACUUUUCCAUCGACAACUUGAUGUGCUUUUUAUCGUUUGAGUAACCCAAAGAGGAAAUCAGCAUCACUGUUUUAUCAUUAUUUCUUGUAUCAGGCUGAAAGUUAAAUUAAAAACACGUUUGGGAGCUCAGCAAAACAACAAUGGUUUAUUAGCUGUAUUUUUAAACAAAUAAAAAAUGUCAAUACUAGCUACAAAAUAAUGUAUUUCCAGAUCCACUAUGCUUUCCUUUGAAACCCAAUACUUUUAAUUUAGAGGUAUGCUCAAUAUAGAAUUAAUAAUGAGAUAUAAACAAUACUGUAAGCCAAUACACCACAAUACCAGGAGAAAAGGUUAGAUUCAAUUCCUGUGGACCAAGAUAACAGCAAUAAAUGAAACUAAAAAAAAAGAAUAAUAAUUGUUUUUAAAAGCAAAGAGUUUUUUGGAAAACAAUCCAAUAUUUCUGAAACACGUAUAUAGCCUUACAGUUUAUUGCUACUUUAUAAGGCUUUAUUUCACCCCACCACCAGCCACACAUACAGAUAUGCAGGAUUUUACCUGACAUUUCUAACAACUGAAAAAAAAAACAAUGUGAUAGUUUCAAGUGAAGUUAAAAGAAGUCCCAAUUCUGAGCCAAUUGGCUUUACAUUUCACUAAUAAAUUUUGAUAUCCAUCUGUUUAAAAUACAACAGCAUUAGUGACACUUGGUCAAAGUGUAGAAAAAGCCAAGAUUUACAUUCUGAGGAAAUGCUCCAUGGUAUGUCAGAAUGAUGAAAAUAAUUGGAAUUGACUUUUACUUGCAGUACAAUUUGGCUUUAGUCAUUUGAAACCUGCCACUAUAUUAACCCUGGGUUCUUGGCUUUGCCAAUUUGAACCUGUUACAUUGCUGCCCUCCAUUGUAAUAUCAAUUACUUACAUGUUAGGGUCAGUUAAUACAGUAAGUGCCUCAUUUGUGUCUUUUGCUGCUUUCAAUAUUCGCUGUAACCUUGGUUAAAUAAGAAGCUUUCCAGUUUUUAUUAUUUUAGCAACAAUGUCAAGCUCAUUUCAAUUUUUUACAUCAAAAUAAUUUGUACCUAAAAGCAGGGAGGAAUGGUUGUGAGGCGUGAGGCAGUUGGCACUGCUACCUUACUGAUCUUUGGUUCUGGGUUCAAUUUCAGACUGGGGUCAUGAAUUUUUGAGAGGUGCUUGACCUAUGAAAGACUGGUUUGUUAGGUUGAUUAAGGUCUCUAAAUUGUGUCUAUGUGUGUGUGUGCCUUUUGACUGACUGGCAUUCAGAUAAGAGUGCAAUCCCACUGUCUGGGAUAGGCUUUGUUUACCAUGUCCUUUACCAGGACUAAAAGCCUGCUAAUAGUCUUUAUGCUUUUAAGUACAUCCAUCCUUUCUAUAGCAACAUUCUUAACAGUGCAUGCUCUUUCUGAACCCAUUUUAUACUGUUGUAUGUAGAGGACAAAUCAAAUUUUCAACAUUCUGUAAUUGCUUAAGAGCUAAGACCUGAAACAUAGUAAAGAUCUGAAGCCUAAGCUAUCAAUCUAUUGUAGAACAAAUAUACAGUAUAUGUAAUAAAAUGUUUUCUCUAAAGAAAAAAAAGAUUACACGUAAUGUGAAUUUUAAAUUAGAAGAUUUAGUUAUGGUGUAAGUUUUAUAGUCUUUAUUCACUAAAAUUCACAUUCUUUCUCCAUGUCAUUAGUCAUCCUGAUUUCUGUAGCUUUAUUAGUCUACUGAGAACUAUCCUGCAUGAGUAAUAUCACAGACAAUUAUGUAUGCCCUGUGCAAAAACAGUUGAUUUACAUACCAUCAAGCAAUAUAUACAGUAUAAACAUUAUAAAACUACACAAUUUCUUUCAAAGUAUAAAGCAAGCUUGAAGCCUGCAAUGCACAACUAAAGUUGUUACUGAGCUCUUGUGAACUGUACUAUUACCAGUAGAGUUUCAAUACAAAGACUAGCAAAAACAUGUUUUAAAACUUAUCCAGGAACAUUUAGCAUGCAAAAUGUUGGGAUGGUAAAAACUGGAAAGCAGAAAAUUGGUCUGAUGCAAAAAGAACGAAAUAUACAGCUUGAUGCUAUAUAUAGCACAUCUAAACUGGCAGGUCAAGAAAUUCAAAAUAUCCAGACCAAGUGGUUGAAUGUACAGGUAAAUAUCUUCAAUAUAUUCCCGAAAUAUAGUCAAACAAAUGGAAAAUAUUUUAAUUAAAAAUAUGAAAGGUAAAUUGGUUAUUCUUACCUCCAAAUCUGCAAUCUGAAGGCCUCAUAAGUGAUCCAAACAGGUGAUCUUAAAGCCAUUAAACAGGAGAGAUGUUUUUUGAACUCUCAGCUACUGAGAACUUCAAUAGCUGAAAUAAUCUUCAUCUUUUGUGUUUUCUCUAAUAGAAAGUUCUAUACAGGUCACACAGAUUUUUUAGUAAUUUACAGGGAUGUUUUAUUCCUUAAAAAAUAAGAUAACACUAUUUUCAUUCCUUUCAACCUAGAUUAAAUUACUUCAGCUGUGGGUACUCAUACAGUAGGUGCUCCCUAAUUAAUUGCCCCACUGAUUCUGUUCUUGGUUGCUUAAGAAAACCUUUGUAAUACAAACUUAUACAUUCAUAGCAAUUGCAAUACAAUAUAUGUUUUUGCUUUACGUAUUAAUGAGUACUGCAAAAUAUUCGCGAAAACACGAUGAUUCUACAGUAUAUCAGGUAGUGUGAAGAGGAUAUGGAGUCUUUAAAAUCUGUUUACACAUUAACUGUAUUAAGAAAACAUGUUUCAUCCCAUAUGAUUCCAAAGCGAGUUACAUAUACAGUAUAGGAUAUUUCAUCCACUACUUCAAUUAAGGAGAGCUUUAAUAGGAAGAUUGCUGAAGCCCAGAGUGCAAUUGUUGAGACAUCAGUUAAGAGCCCUGCACUUUUGUGAUAGCUUAAUUACAAAAUGAAUAAUUACACCUCCUAUUUAAAAACAUUUUUGUUUUCCAUUCAGACAAUGAAAUUAGAUUUGAUUCUAUAUCACUAAACCAAUAGCUUAAAAUGUAGUGAUGAAAAGAGUCCAAUCACUUAGUGCGCUCUUUAACAGUUAGUGACAGUGUCCUUUUCUAUGGUUAAAGAUUAUUUCUGUUAAAUCUUGUGAAAACAAGUCUUAUGUUACCUCUGUGAGGAACCUCGCACUACUAAAUAAAUAACUUGAAAAUGUAAAUAGCCUUGAUGUAUAUUUGGACAAUAUAUUUUUUUCAACAAAGAGGUGUAAGCUGUGCAUUACAUGUACAGUAUACAGAGACUAAUUUUGCUCUAUCAAUGCUAUGAAAUUUUCUGGUGUUAUUUUAAAAAUUAGCACUCUAGUUGCAUUUCAGGAUCAUUUGUUGUAAAACUGUGCUGUGGAUUGUAGUUGUUAUAUGCUAUUUAUAGUGCAACUUGAUUAUCAUUUACUUACACUUUUGAUUUUAGGUCAGAAAAGGCUUGAACAUCACAAAAGGAUGACAUUUGGUGAAUCACUGUAUAUUGUUAUGUUAUUCUAUGAUACAUAAUGAAAAGUAUAAUUAAAUGUGAAUUAUGCAUAAUUAUAAUAUGAUGUAAAAAUAGUUGUAUACAAACUGUAUAUAUAUUCAAAAGGAUACCUAUACAU